GUGUGUGUUGUCGUUGCAUUGCUCAUGGCGGAUUGAGCCUGGGCAUUGUCUUGCAAACGUACUUUUGCACAAAUAUAUUCGAAUACCGACCGAUCACUCUAAACUCUUUAAAUUGCACUGUUGUCAUCGACUCAGAAGCUGAUCAGAUUCCGGUCAGUCAACUCGCCGAUCAGCCUGUUUGAGACGCGAGCGCCCAUCAUCAUCAUCAUCAUCAUCAUCAUCAUCAUGGAUGUGAAUUUGACCAUCUCCCUGAUGCGGGGCCAGAUGGGCGCCGUCAUAGAGAAAGCCGUGAACGCCGCGGUGGAGACCGUUUUAGGAGAGAUGAUCCGAGUGGUCGGGCUCAAAUUCGAGGAGAUCAAACACGAGAUGACCGCAAAAGAAAAGGAGAACGAAAACAUCAGGAAGAUUUUGGAGACGCACCGCUGCCAGAUGAAAACCAUGCGCAAGUACAUCAGCGUCCUGGCUGCUAAAGACCCUAAUAGUCAUAGAAUUCCGGAGGGAGAUGAAGAAAUGGCAUUGCAUUGCAGAGGGCCAACAAGCACUAUAUCGAUGUGUGCAAAAUCCCCAAACCCCUGUCCCAGACCAAGAGUCAAGGAACCUGCCCCUGUUGCUGGACCCUCAUGGGCAAGACAGCAGAUGCACACGUUCAAAGCUCAAAAUAUAGGCCAAGAGCCAUUAAGAACUGAACAUCAGCUUGCUGAUCUGCACAUUGAAGAGAUUCAAGGAUCAUCAGUCCAUAAAGUUGAUAAUUCAAGCCGUCAUCUGGUGGACAAUCAAGGCCUACUGUGUGAGACCAGUGACCCAAUUUGGGGACAAAACCCUCUGAUCCCUGCAGUGGCUGUGCCAACAGAAAUGCCAGACACCAGUGUCCUCUCAGCACCCAUGAUGACCUUUGACCCAACCCAAACUACAACCACCCAAACAGUGGACUUUGGAGAAGCAUCACUUAAGAUCAAACAGGAGGAAGCAGAGGUUGAAAUUGUCUGUAUUAAAGAUGAAGACUCAGAAGCAGCCAGCACAUCUAGAUUUGACUAUUCCAACCCUGAACUUCACCAGCCAUUGGUGGUGCCAGAGUUCGGGGGCUCACUAGAUCUACCUGGAUCCUUUCAAGCUCUUCAGAGUUCAGGCACUUCAGCAGAACUUGCUAUCCCAGCCUACAUCAAUGUGGACCCGACCUCCUACACCGUAAUGGCAAAAACAGCUGCUGAAAGACAGAGAGAGUACAGGGCCAGAAGGAAUGCUGAUCCUGUACGCAGGGAAAAGUACCUCAGGAGUGAGAGAGAGAGAUGGAAAAGGGAUAUUGAUACAGGGAAAAAGAAGAGAAUUGGUGACCUGGGUGAGAAGGAUCAAAGGUGGAGGCGCAAGAAGUGGAGAGAUGCAAAAGAACGGCAAAAGAAAAGUGAACCAAUUUUUAAAAUAAUUGCCUCCCCAACAAACAACCCCGAAUCCAGUCUUAUGGUGUGGCUGCAACCCUGAAAAGGACACAGACAUGCUGUUAAGCCAGAAUACAGAUAUCCCAGGUGCAUGGGAACUCGUCAGGGCACGUACACAGACCAGCAUAGUCUGGGGAGAUGGUUGAUAAAGCCCUUUAAAGGAUGCCAUUGAACCUACCGGCGGGUCCAUCAACAGUGAGGCUCUACCAGGUGGUAUCCAAUAAAAGUACUUGCCAAUGCUGAAACGGCUGUGGACUUUAAAGCUGAAAUAUUGUGUAUUGAAACACUUAAAUGAAAGAGGGGUAGUACAGAAGAGUACAGUAUGUGUGGGACAUGGUGUUUGAUAAUACAAUUCAGGAAUCAUCUUUGCCUCCGAUGAUACCCAAGUGCAGAGUCUGGCCAAGCAUGUUCUUAUGGCCAGGUUGUAAGGAUGUGCUGGAACAUAUUCUUUCCCCCAACAAUGUUAUAUUUUGACAGUAUUUGUGGGCCAUGCUAAAUAAAUAUAGUUGCGUCCCAAAAGACGCACUAUACACUGCAGUUACACUAUGCACUUGGCCAUCUAGUGAAUGGAUUUUCAAAGUGAAGUAUCGUCUCAAAUGCAGCACUAACGUUUUUUUAUUACUCUGAAGCAUUUGCCGUUCUUGCUGAUGGAAGUGACAUUGCACAAGCACACAAUGUGUUCCUGGUCAGGCAACCUUUAGUCCAACACUUGUAUCUCAAAUAACAAACACACGCCUUUGAUUACAAUGUCAGGCCAAUAUUGCAGCCAGUAAUAUUGCACUCCACCCCUUCCACUAAAUUGGGCAAGCUGCAAGCGCUAAAGUACAUAAAGGGUCCAACAUUCUGCAAUGUGUUAUUUUAGAUACUCGUACACUUCUUUUUGUUGCAUUUUUUACGUGAACACUGCUCACAACAUUUGCACUAUAAAAUGGCGUAGAAUAGUGCAGAAGUAUGCAAUUUGUUUAUUCUUUGUAUUGUAUGUAUGUAAAUGUUUUACAAGUUAGUAUGUAUGAAAAGUAGUUGUAUGUAAAAAUCUUUUAACAAAAUAAAUUAUUUAGCUGAUUAAUGUGUUUCACAAAAAAGCAGUCUCUUCAACCCUGUUAUCAUUUUUAUCCCUGUUAAACUGCAUUCAACCCUGUUACGUAGUUGUUUUUUAUGCACACAUUAAUAAGAAAGGUGUAAAAAUACUACUACAUUAUAUAUAUGUAUGUGAUUGAUCCAGUGGUGUACUACAUUCUCUAGUCUAUAAAUUCUAAACAUAUUCUAAACAUACUAAACAUAAAAAAAUUAAGAUUUUGUUCACUCUUCUAAAACUUGGAGGUUUCAUCAUGAUGCAGAAUUUUUACCAAACCAUAAGCCAGAACUGAACACUGAAUACUCUGAAAGCUCCAUAUUUGAAGGCAGUUUGGAGUUUCUGUACAAAAUUUUACAUUCAUGAAUCUGACUGAUUGAGUAAGAAACUAGAAGAUUUAUUUUCCCCCUACAAGGACGUGUAUGAUUUUUUUUUUAAGUGCAUUGCCUUUAUCUCAAGCCAUUCCAUGAUGAGGAUCACAAGAGACAUGCAUGAACAGGUGAGUCUAGCUGUUUUACUUAAUCCUUAAAAUGUAUAAUGUCAACCUAGUCUCGUAUGCAGGCUAUUUACCUUUUAUUUAUAAGGUGUUUUUAAUUUAUUUACUUUACAUUUAAUUAAACCGAUAAUGUCUCAACCAGACAGAAUGUUAAUAAAUUGCAUUGUGCUCAAUCUCAAGCUAAAUGAUUGUGUAUUGGAAUAUAAAUGUGCCUUCAGAAUGGUAACAGGGUUGACAGUUCAGUUAGACUUAAUUAGCCUUUUGCUCAAGGUCAUAACAUACAGGACAUACAGGGUGCUUAUUAGAAAGAAAGUUUAAUGCAGAUAUUUCUACAGAUAUUCACUUUUCAAUUAGUUGUUUAUUAUUAAAAAUCAUGGUUACAGGGUUUAAGGGGCAAAACAAUAAGAUAAAGUAGAAAUGUCCUUGCAGAGUUCACUUCCUGAAAAAAUGAAUUUGAUGAUUUUUAUGACUUCUAUUUAUAGUAUAUAAAUAAGAGAUACAGUAGUUGUGAUGGUAACAGGGUUGACACAAACUGGGGAAACCAUUUCUUCAAUAUAUAGAGUGCAAUAUUCAAUAUACAUUUGCGUAUAGUUUUUUGUUUUAAAUCUUUUGUGUAUUUGCAAAUGCAGUAGGAAGAGAAACAGAAAAUGUCAAAAAGGCAUGAAAAAAAGUAAUGGAAUUUUGUUGAAGUGUUUGAAUAAAUGCCACAGUAAAAUUCACGAGGGACACCAAAUUCUAGGAAGUUUUAUCGUUUACUAUUUUCUCAUAGAAAGUUAUCAACAGUUGAUAUCCCUUAUUCUUUAUGGUGUUACACUUCUA